AUGCCUUCUCUGGCCUCUCCACCCACGGAGAAAGGCGCCCUUUCUGACUCGGAGGAGCUCGUCGCCGAAUCGACCUCCACAUCCGUUCAGCUGGAUGGGUCACCUCGCUCGACUUCACAGACGCGUGAAGCUUCAGAGGUGGGGCACCUUUGACCUUGUGACCUCAUUUGACGUGUAUCUGUAGCUGACCUGGCUGAAAUUGCCCUCGUAGGAACGUGCCGUCGCGGGUCGACUUGGGAAUGGCAAGCGAAAACUCUCCCCCAUCGCGUCCACCUCGACGGCCAUCACCACCGUAGUCACCGCCAAUACCUCCUCAACAACCUUGAACACCUCAAGCACAGGCCAUCAGAUGAACUACAAUGCCGUCCCAGCUCGAGGAAGACUCCCUCGCGAUCCGAUGAUCUGCGCCGCCGCACCUCAACUCGUCCCACCCCUCACGUCGGUCCCGCUACCGACCUCGACCUUUGAAUUCUUCCAAACUCGCGCGCAUCCCAUCAACCAACGAGGCUACAGAUACGUACCCUGCGGACCUUCACCACAUUCUCACCUCCCGACCCCCAUCCAGAGGGUCAUUGAAAGUGCACCACAGCGGGCAAGGUGGUCGUGGGAGGAUCGAUCGACUUUUGUCAUGAUCACGGAGGAUGCGAUGACUGUGACGGCUGAGAAGGGGUGGAGGGCAGCAAGGGCUAAUGUAAGCUUGAGGGAGGGGAGUUGGUAUUGGGAGUUCAAGGUUCAUCGAGGUGGGGGACCCAAGGAGGUUGAUGCUGCCGGCGCAAAGGAGGGUAGUUGGGUCCGACUAGGCGUGGGGAGACGAGAAGCUCCUCUCAAUGCUCCUGUUGGGUUUGAUGGGUGAGUGGGACUGAGCUAGUCUCCUCGACGGAAUCAGAGCUGAAGUUUCGUCUCUGAAACAGCCACUCGUACGCUUACCGUGACAAAGGAGGAGAGGCCAUCACCCUAGCCCGACCAGCACCCUACGGCAAACCCUUCUCCUCCGGCUCGACAAUCGGUGUAUACCUCUCCCUACCCCCUCAACCCGCCCCACCCGAAACAGAUCGGUCCCACCCCUCCCAUCUCGUGCGCAAACGCGUCCCCAUCCGCUACAAAGGAUCCCUCUACUUCGAACUGCUCGAAUACGCCGCCUCAAAAGAAAUGAGCCAACUCGCCGCCGACCCAGCCCAUCUCAAACAACAAGGACCUCUCGAAGAAGAACGGAGAAAAGUGGCUCCGGGUAAACGAGCGCCACUACCGAACGAAUCGGAUGAACCUCUUUUACGAGAGGUGCCGGUUCUGCCAGGUGCGAAAUUGGCGUUUUGGGUCGACGGGGAAUGUCAAGGCGUUGCGUUCGAGGAUCUGUUCGAUUAUGUACCGCUACCGACGCACGAUGGGUUGAGGGUCCCUACGAAUCGCAAGAGUGAUCCGAGGUUGAACAACCAUGAUGAUGGGACAUUGGGGUACUUCCCUUUCGCUUCCGUUUUCGGUGGAGCGAUCGUCGAGAUCAAUCCUGGUCCGGAGUUUGAGUACCCGCCUCCGGAGGAUCUCGAGGAGGUUUUGAGGAAGAGUUCCAAACCGCCUCAAAGUGCGGGUGGCAUGGAGGAAGGGACGAAGAAAUGGCGUCCGUUGUGCGAUCGGUAUCCCGAGUGGCUGAGGGAGCAGGCUUGGUUGGACGAUCAGGAUGAGAUGGAGCAGGUUAGGCAGUUUCAACAACAAAUCGCGGCGAGGAUCGAGGAGACCGGUCACCAGCAGCAGAGGCAGGAGGAGGCGGGGCCGGUCAAGAAGUCAAAACCGACAACUUCGGUGGCGGCGACGGUGCCGAAGGCAGAGGAGGUCAAAAAGGAAAGUCCGGAGGUGGAAUCCGAAGUCCAAGCCGAAGUGGGAGAGGCCGAGGUGGGUGAAGCGGCGAUUGACAAGCCACGGAUAGGAGAGGCUGUCGAGGGCAUGGAAAUGGAUACAGCUUGA